AUGCCGGCCAACACCCACAAACCGGCUGCUCCCUCGCCGGCAUCGCCCAGAAACACCGCCAAGUACACAAACAAGGAUGGCUCCAAGUUCAUCACCGUCCCCAAGGGCUCCGACUCGUCCUCCCAGCCUGCCACCCCGACGUUGCCUGCGACAAACGACCAUUACCUGGCCUCCCAACCGCACCCUGGAGCUUCCGCUGCCGCCGCUCACGACCACGAUGAUGCUUCUGCCGUUGGCCCAUCCGUUAAUCGCAAAAAGCAGAAGCGCAGGCAAAAGGCCGCUGCAAAGGCUGCCGCGGAAAAUGUUGUCAACGGCCACGGACCCGCCGCGCAGGGUCAUGCUCAUGCUCACCCUCAUGCCGCCCAUGCCCACACCCACAUUCAUGGACAUGCUCGUGCUGCUCGACACGGCACCUCUUUUCCUCCACCGCCACCGCAACACGCAGACCUUAUCGCGACCGAUGGCGAAGACGACCGUCCCUACCCACCAGCGGGCCAUCUGCAUCAACACAACGGCGAGUCAUCCAAGUCUAGGAAGAACCGCAAGAAGAAAAAGCAGAAUGCUGCCCCGGACGCUGACGAUAACUUCUCCUCCCUACCACUGGUGCCCGCCGAACCAGUGCGCGGGCCUGGCAUGUCCAGAGACAAGAUAUGGAGUACCAGCAAUCAUGAGGAGCGUGAGCGGAUCAAAGAAUUCUGGCUUGGCCUCGGCGAGGAGGAGCGUAAGUCUCUCGUCAAAGUCGAGAAGGACGCUGUGUUGCGCAAAAUGAAGGAGCAACAAAAACACACCUGCAGUUGCAGCGUUUGCGGCCGUAAGCGCAACGCCAUAGAAGAGGAGUUGGAAGGCUUAUACGACGCGUACUACGUUGAGCUUGAGCAGUUUGCCAACCAAGGAGAGGCUUCUGGCAUGUUGAGCCCGGCUCAUGAGCUUGCUAUACGGUCGUCCCGCGGCCUACCGGCAGCUUACAUGUCGCAUCCAGUAUCGCAAGCGGAAAUUGUGGAACAAGAAGCCGACGACAACGAUGACGACGAAGAGGACGAUGAAGAGGGAGAGGAGAUUGAAGAGGUGUACAGCGGAGACGAAGUGGAUGACGACGAAUAUAGUGACGACGAACCUCCUGAAACUUUUCACAGUACGCACGAACGUGACGUGGCCGAUUUCUUGACAUUCGGCAACAGUCUUCAAGUCAAGGGUACGCAGACUCUCGAAUUCUUCUUCCGGACAUAUGGUAACCUUGACCUAGGGGGAAUACUCACCGUGGCGGAUGAUUUACUGAAGAAUGACGGCAAGCGCUUCAUCGAAAUGAUGGAGCAGCUUGCCGAGCGCCGCAUGGCGCGCGAGGAAGAUGCCCGAGAGCACUUUAACCGCGGCUUUGUUCAUCCCAACGGCGCAUACGCUGCUCCUUCUCACAGUCAUCCUCCCGCUGAAGAGGAAGAGUACGAAGACGAGGAGGACGAGGAGGAUGACUACGAGGACAGCCAGGACGAAGAGUAUGAGGAUGAAGAGGUAUAUUCCAGUUCUUCUGCCAUGCCGUCGGCGUAUCAUACUGAGCACAGCCUCCAGGAGCAAAUGACCGAUACUCAGCGAAUGGAAGAAGGUAGGAGGAUGUUCCAAAUAUUCGCCGCUCGUAUGUUUGAGCAGCGAGUUCUCUCUGCGUACAAGGAAAAGGUUGCCAAGGAACGCCAACAGAAGUUGCUCGAGGAACUGGAAGAGGAAAGCCGUCAAGAAAACGAGCAAAGGGCCAAGAAGGCCAAAAAUGCGCAAAAGAAAAAGGACAAGGCUGUUCAGCGAAAACAAGCCAUCGCCGAGGACAAGGCACGUAAGGAGGCCGAAAAGAUUGCCGAGGACGCCGCUCGCAUAGAAGCAGAGCAGCAGCGCGUUGCGCAGCAGAAGCAGAAGGCCGACGAGAAACGCCGCCUCAAGGAGGCGCAGCGAAGAGCAGAAGAAGAAGCUCGACUCAAGAAGGAAGCAGAACGGCUGCGGAAGAUUCACGAGCAAAAAGAAAAGCAGGCUGAGCAGGAGCGCAAAGCCCGUGAGCUCAAGGAGCGCGAGAAGAAGGCCAAGGAGGAACAGCGCAUAAGGGAUAAGGAGGCCCGUGAGCAAAAGGAUCGCGAAGCCCAGGAACGCAAGGAGAAGCAGGAGCGCGACAAGAAGGACAAGGAGGCGAGGGCUGCGAGGGCGCACAAGGAGGCGCAAGAGGCGAACGAAGCUAAAGCUAGAGCAAAGGCCGUGUCUGUCGCCACCGGACUGGUGCCGCCGCAGAUCCAGCUGGCUAAACGCGGACAGCCACCACAGCAGCCGUCCGCGCUUGUACCGGCAACGGCCGUCCUGCCUCACCACCCACCGAACCCGGCCGUCUUUGUAUCACCCAAAGUCCCCGUGGCGACGCCGGUGAUGCCCAAGUCUGUGGCACCAACGCCUGUGCGACAGCACGUCCCGUCCCAGCAGCACGAUCCCGCCGCCUUUUCGACGGCGUCACCCAGCUUGUCGCCGCGAUCCAGCUCGGCCGUGCACAUGAGCCCGGGCAGCAUCGGCCAGGAGCGCAAGCUGAGUUUCAGUGCCGGCCCCGGCAUGACGUACUCUGUCUCGCCGCCGGGCAUGCCGCCGACCUCGAUGCUGUCAGCCGCAUUCCACGCCAACCCAAUUAUGCAGCCGCCGCCCGGACUCCCUCACCACGCGCCGCCCGGGUUCCCCUCGCGCCUUCCCAACGACCCCGUAUUUCCAGCCUUCCGCUCGAGCCCCAGCAGCAUGAUGAUGGCACCACCCGGUAUCAAUGGACUGGCUGGUCGUGGUAUGCCCGCGGGUGGUCCAAUCGGACCCCCAGGAUUCCACCAACCACUCAUCGGCGACCAAUUCCCGAUUAACCAAGGUUAUACCGGCAUACCCAAGGACGCGCCGCCGCCGACGCACACCCGCCAGAGCUCUGGCCCCUUCGAAGCCAUCGGCACCGCCCCCAUGCCCAUUGGACGACCAGCCCCAAUCGGAAGACCGGGAAGUACCUCGCGUGACCGUCUCCGCUCCGGCGAUGACGACACUCAGCACCUCGGUAGCAGCGUGCUGGUCGAAGACGAUGAGCCUCUCCGAUCGGUGGACCUUAAUCCAGGCAGCCUCCGGACGCAGCCACUCGGUCCGCGCCUAAGCGGCUUCGCCGCGAGCGCGUUUAUGGACAACGGCUUCUCCCGUGGCGGCCAUAACCCCUGGACACCGACGCCCAUAUCUGCCAGCGGCCAGCACUUUCCGCCUCCAGGCUUUGGCAACCCCGGCUGGGGUGCGCCUCCUCUGCCCGGCAUGUCCCCUAUUAGCUUCGCGGUGAGUUCGCCCGCCGGCGGUGGCCUGCGCACCGUCUCACAGGCGUCGCGGCAUAUCGCGAUUCGGCAGAUGCUAUGUGCAGCGUGCAAGACGCUCGCCGGCAGCAGUGAUGCGGCCGCCGAUGGCAGCGGCUUCGUGGACCUUGGCGCGCUGCGCAACCACGUCGAGAGCCAGUCCCAGGACCCGAGCAUUACCGCCCAGGACCUGCUCAACCUCUGCGACACCGAAGGCAACGCCUCCAACGGUGGCGGCACGUUUGAUGUGGUGCGGCGCGACAAUGCCACCCACGCCGUGCGCUGGGUACCUGAUGCCGUCGGCACGCCACUCGACGCGCUCCACGGCGGCGGUGCGGGCCUGUUCCGUCAACCACCCGGAGAGAUUGGUAGCCCGCUGGUGGGAUUUUCGACCGCGUCGAUGCGGGGUCUCUAG